UAUAAGUUACAGACAGAAAUGGCUUUCUUUUUCAACAAUAAACAUUAUAUUACAGCUUCAAUCCUUUUCUCUAUUCUCUUCUCUCUGGCCAUGUUUGAUAUCAUGCAUAUCGUAGCUCAUGAGGAAAAGGCUGCGCCAACAUUAUUCAUAUUUGGAGACUCAGCUUUUGAUGUAGGAACCAACAAUUUUCUCAUGUCUAGAACAAAGGCCAACUUCCCCUACAAUGGGAUUGAUUUUAAUCAAUCAUUUCCCACUGGAAGGUUCAGUAAUGGCCUCAACACUGCUGACCAAAUUGCGAGGCGAUUUGGUUAUACAAAGAGUCCACCUCCAUUUUUGGCCUUGGAGAAACUUCAAUACACCUUCAAGCACAACAUUCUGCUGGGUGUAAACUUUGCCUCAGGGGGAUCUGGAGUUCUUAGAUACACUGGAUACAAACAAUCGGGAGAGGUUGUUUCCCUAGAAAAACAGGUGGAACAGUUUGAAUUGGUCUGUGGUAAUAUCACAGAGAUACUGGGGCCAGAAAAAGCUACUACUUUUGUUUCCAAAGCUUUGUUUCUAAUUAGCGUUGGUAGCAAUGACAUCCUCGAUUAUACUCAUGGAUACAGCAGCGUAUUCCAAUUUGGCAAGGAAGAACAUUUGGCUGUUCUACAACACAACUAUUACUUACAUAUAAAGAAACUAUAUGAGUUAGGUGCUCGGAAAUUCGGCAUUCUAAGUGUUCCGCCCAUAGGUUGUUAUCCUGCUGCAACCUCUACCAAUGAAGAGAAUUGUGUGAAAUCAUUGAAUGAAUUUGCAGUUGCAUUCUACAAAGCAACUCAUGCUCUUAUGCAAAAAUUGAGCUCCGAGUUGGGAAAUUUUGAGUACUCACUUGGCAACACCUAUGCAAUGACAACAACUAUGUUGAAAGACCCAUUGGCCUUUGGGAUGAAAGAUACAAAAUCAGCAUGUUGCGGAUUUGGAAGGUUGAAUGGAUGGGGUCCCUGCGUUGAAGCCUUCCACACCAAUGUUUGUGUGAAUCGUACGGAUUACUUGUUCUGGGAUUGGUUUAAUCCAACGGAGAAAGCUUCAGAGUUGGUAGCUAAGACGCUAUUUGAGGGAGGGACUGAGUUUGUGUUUCCCAUGAAUUUCAGCCAGUUAAUUAAUUAGCUUGGACUGAAGGAAAUGUGUUUUACUUAUGCAUAUAGAAACUGUGAUUUAGCUAAUAA